AUGGCAAAGUCAGGGAGCACCAAGGGCGGCUCGUGGUUCAACUUCCUCAUCAUCUUCAUCGUUGCUCUGGGUUCCUUCACGUACGGAUUCAACAAUGCAAUCACCGGCAGUGUCUUUGGACUGCCCGGCUUCUACUCCUAUUUUGACCUCAACGCCGGUGACUCGAGUUCCAACUCCAUCCUCGGCGCAGCCAAUGGUGUCUUCUUCGCCGGAGCAAUGCUAGGCUGUUUGAUCGCAGCCUGGUGCGCGGACAAGCUGGGCCGGGUGCGUAGCUUGCAAGUUGUGUGUCUUCUCUGCUUAGUUGGUGGAAUCCUGCAGGGAGCCAGCGUGCACGUCGCCAUGCUGCUCCUCGGUCGUGUUGUCACCGGUCUUGGCUCGGGAAUGGUCAACUCUGUGGUCCCACUGUAUCAAUCUGAGAUCGCUCCACCGAAGAUCAGAGGGCUCAUGGUGGGUCUACAUGGCACGCUGCUCGUCGCUGGAUAUGCGAUGGCCGGCUGGGCAGGUUAUGGCUGCUAUUUCGAACCGAAUCAACAGAUUCAGUGGAGGCUGCUGCUGGCUCUGCAAGUCGUGACGCCAGCCAUGCUGCUCGUUGCUUCACCAUUCCUCCCGGAGUCGCCGAGAUGGUUGAUCGCAAAUGGGAGAGAAGAGCUGGCAAACACCAUCCUGGAGAAGCUGCAUCACUCGUCUGGUGACGUUGGAGACAACAGCCUUGCGCACAGGGAAUUUUACCAGAUUAAGCAACAGGUGGAGUUGGAGCGAGCGACUCCUUUCGGCCUCCUGGACUUCAUCCGCAUUCCAAGCUAUCGACGUCGUCUCCUGGUGGCCUGCGGAACUCAGUUCAUCGCUCAGUCGACCGGGACGCUGGUAGUGGCCAACUACCAAGUCCUACUGUACAAUGGCCUUGGACUGUAUGGCUCUUUGCCGCUCCUGCUGUACAGCGCAUACCUUUCUUGGGCGGCAUUCAUGAAUUAUGUCGCCGCUUUGAUCGUCGAUCGUGUGGGACGAGUGCGCAUGUUGGCGAUUGGAUUUGUCGGCUGCAUUAUCACGCUCAGCCUGUUCACGGCCAUGGUGGCCGAAUUUGCGGAAUCGGAGAACAAGGUCGGCCAAGGCUUUGCAGUGUUCUUCUUGUUUGCCUUCGUCGGCUUCUACGGCGGCUGCGUGGAUGCCGUAUCAUGGAUCUACUGCUCUGAAAUCUUUCCGACACACGCCAGAGCCCGAGGAUUCUCGAUCAGUGUGGCCACGUUCUUGGGUGCGGCUCUUGUAUACACGCAGGUCGCCCCGAUAGCAUUUGCACAAGUCGACUGGAAGUUCUACCUUCUGUUCAUCCUGGUGACCGCAGUGGGCACACCCAUCUUCAUGCACUACUCGCCAGAGACGAAGGGCCUGGCAUUGGAAGAGAUUUCGGAAUUGUUCGGCGAUCAAGUGGCAGUGCACCUCUCGAAUGGUGAAGCUGAGUCCGGGCCGAUGCAGGAGAAGUCGACGCAGAGCAGUGAGAAGGGAUUGGACCGCCAGCACAUGGAGUCGACAUCCGCCAGCCGCUGA